AUGGCCGUACCCGCACCCGGAUUGCCCCGCAAGAUCCUCUGGUCAGGCGUAUAUCAGCAGCUUCUGCGCUACGCGUUGCCCGACUCGCGCUUCAACUUGGACUUUCUCAAGUUCACGCCUGACUUUCGUGGCUCGGAGGAUGCCGUUGAGCGAUUAGUGGAGUUGCAGUGCUACAAGGAUGCACGGACGGUGCUGGUCACUAGCGAUAAUAGCUGCGAGUGGCUGAGAUACAGGGCGUUGAGGGAUGGGAAGAGGGUCGUCGUGGGCACGUAUAGGUUGAGAAGGGGGUUUGUGGUGUUGGAUCCAAAGAGCAUAGCAGAGAGCGGGCUGGGGCUUGCGAGUACACUUGAUGGCAUGGAAAAGCCUGGAAUUGGAAGAAGACUGGAUCUGUCGCAGCUUCGUGACGAGGGGAUUAGAAUCGACAUGUGUGUAAUGGGUGGUCUGGUGUUCAACGAGCAAGGCGUUGUUGUCUGGGAAGGCUCUGCGUUAUUUGAGGUGCAGUGGGCGCUACUACAGGAUCUCAAGGUGCUGAGCGCCGCGGCCCCAGUUGUAGCGGUUGCGCACGAGUGCCAGGUCGUGGAUGAGGCGCAGAAUGGGCUCGACAAGAUCAAGGCAGACAAGAAUGGCGAGGUGCAGUGCGACUUUGUCGUCACACCUGAGCGAGUCUUGGAAGUUGAGGGCGCUGUCAAGCCGCCAGGCGGUGUUGACUUCAACAAGGUGGAUCCUGAAGCGCUCAACAAUAUUCCACCGCUACAAGAGCUGAAGGGCAUACGCAUGAUGGAGCAGAUCAUGUCGAGUGGAGGCUUUGACACGAAGGGGAAGGAAGAAGAGCGUAAAGCACUUUCCGCAGAAGAGCAGAUGGGUAUUGAUAUUGUCGAACGUUUGAUGAAAGGCCUGAAGAGCUGA